GUGCACUUUAUCCUCUCCCUCUUGGACGGAAAAUGGUGGCUGGUGGAUGAACUAGUUGCCCACUUUUAUCCGGACUGCGUUUUUGAUUUGUUCCACAGCGAAGCGCGCUUGGUGACUGGAGAUGACGGAGGUGGAGCCCGUUUUAGACUUCGCCUCUUCGGGACGAUCGGGGAGGAGGAACGCCCUGCCCGACAUCCUGGGCUCCCCCGCUGGAGUCAACCCGGGCGACCUGCCACUCAAGCUGGGCGAGCUGUCCCUCCAAGAUGGACCGGGAGGAGCCCAAUCCCCAGCGUCAGAGGAGGCCAGCGCCCCAGCGGAAAGCGCCCAGGCCAAAGACGGAUCUUAGUCCCCCGCGCUCCUCCUCGCCUGGACCCUCCCUUUCUCCUCGGGUACCCCCCACCUGAGCGGUCGCCAAUUCUAUACCUACAGAACAUGGCUGGCAUUCUGUGAGACGUUUGAACCACGCACUCCCAUUGCCCUUGACGCUGGAGAGUCGGACAAUAAAGUUCCGAGCCGGCAAGAUCCAAAAUGGCUACCCUCGCCAGUCGACACUUGCCCGGGACUCGAUGCAAAGUAGAUUGUACAAUGAACUAUUUUUCUAUUAUUUAAACACGUCGAGCUGCGACAUGUUCGGAUUUCCCUUGGGUCUUGUUCCACUAUGUGAUGUAACUAUGCUUUUACAGGAGAGUGCAGUGCUGCCCCUUGUGGUGUGUUCAACCAGCUACCACUAGCAAAAAUGACACUAUGUUGGAAGUACAUGUGUAUUGUUGAUCCUAUUUUGUACUAUCUGACUGUUGCCGUCUUAAAACCAGGGAUUUUAUGAAUUUAGUAAUGGCUGAAGAUUAGUGCAUAUCUUGAGACAUUCCUUUAGUGAAUAUUCCACUGCCAGUUGC